AUGGAUGAAAUAGACAAACAAAUGUCUGUAUUGCACGUUCAAAAUAAUAUAUCGAAGUUAAAUCUUGCUGACUCCACGCUAAAUUCUCUUACUCAGUUUUAUGAUGACUCAUCAGAUGAAGAUGAUGACGUGGACGGAUUAUCAAUUAAUAUUAAUGAUAAAGUGAACAGUGUGAAAGAUAUAGUGGAGAAUGGUAGUAAAAAUCCUAGCCAAGUACCUGUAAUGCAGCUAUUGGUAUGUUUUAUAAACUAUUCGUUCGGGUUGGCAUUAUAUAAUGCUGCAAAAGUGAAAAGUACUUAUCGCUCGUGGAAAGAAAAACAUUUAUCAAGAUGUUCUUUACCACCAGAAAACAUUAUUAUCUGCUCCCUCCAACAAGUCUUCAAAACAGCGAUUGAAGACCGUAUUACUAUUAAACAGCAUGCCAAUGCUUUUAAAAAAUUAGCAAUGAGUUGUCAAAAUCAGGCAACAGUAAUGCAACACCGUGAUAAACUUUUAAAUUAUCUAGGUAGUAACUUACGACCGGUUAUUAGGUGUAUCUCAGCAGAUACUGCUUUUCCGGACGACCUACUUCGACAUUUGGAUGCAAUUGACAAGGAAAUAUGUAAAUAUUUAAAAGACGUCGAAUAUUCUACUGUCAUCGAACAGGACGACCUAGAUCCUCCAUUGGCGAUUACAGCACGUAGCCUUUCUGACGAAAUGACAGAACAUUUGGAAAACGUUCAUCGUGCUGAACUUAGCGAAAUGAACAGAAUGCGAGAUAUUCUGAGACGUCUUAAUCUUUUUACACUACAACGCCAACAUAUUUCCAUACAUCAAUCAAAAAGAGAAACAGCUCAACGCAACCUUCACGAUCUAGAACUCUCUCCAUUUCAGCAAAACUAUAUGGAUGAGGUUUUUCGAAUACAGGAACGCCUGAAUUUUGAAGAAUUUAAUCUUAGGUUCAAAGAGAUUUUCUUCGAACGACAAAUGCAAGAUCUGAUUGAUAGAGAGAAAAACCGCGGUGAGCAAUCAAUUAUUCAGGGUUUAUACAUUAGAAAAGAUGCUACCUUUUGCACAAGUGAAUUUCGCGAAUAUGAGGAAUAUAUGGAUGAAUUCAAGUCAGACACAAUUGAAUCGCUUUCAAAGCUAAUCGACGAUACAAUAUUAACAGAGGCAAUAAGCUUCCGUCAACAUUUUAUUUCGUUACUAAACAGAACAAUUACGGAGGUAUUCGAACAAUAUAUUCGGCGAAGCAGUCUUCCAACCAUGCACAUUCAUAAAAUACGAUCAACUGUUGAUUAUAUUGCUUCACUACGACUGACGCGACGCUCAAUUUAUCGUACGUAUCGCAAUCAGCAUUUGCAACAAAGUAUUUUUGGAAAAUCGAAGGAAGAACAUCACGAUAUCGGUUGGCAGUUUCCACGUAUUGGCGAUUCAUAUAUUGCUAUCGAACGAACCCGAAUUACGGCAAAUGCAUGCAGUUCCCUCAUACAGAUUGAAACACGAGCCAAUACAUAUCAGAAAUUAGGUGAAAAAAUUCAACUGUUUCUUAGUAACCAAACUGCGUAUUUGGAUUGUUCCUUCGUUUUGUGGAUUCGUCAGAUUAUAAAUGGUGAUAAAAAUUUAGAAUUUAAGGAACCCAUGCUACCAAAAGCGUGCCAUGAUAUGACUCUUUUUCUUGUCCAACUUGCGCAUUUGUUUGUAGGCGCAGAAAGUAUUCGUUACCCGGCAGCAUUAGUGCAAGCUCAAAUGGUAAUGGAUCUCAUUCAAGCUGGUCACCUCACAUGGUCAAACGCGUUUACAGCGGCUGAUAAUCAUAUCUAUUAUCCAAUGGUGUUAGAAAAAGCCACACGUGUUUGUCGAACCUUGGCCAGCACAUUUCGCAGAUAUUCGUUUUAUUCACAUAGAUAUCCAGGAGAGCAACUGGAAAUGGACGAUAUAAUGGUCUCAAAAUAUCUUAAUGCAGAGUAUCAACUCACCACUGCAUGGUUGAAACUACAAACUACUUCUUUUAAUGAGUUGAACGAUGAGCAAAUACUAUCAGAAGUGGUAGACCGAGCCAUAUCGAGAUGGUAUCCUGGUAUACUUGUUGAUAAAUGA